AUUCCUUUCUGAACACCAGUCUUCAGUAUGGUGAGUUGAUCAUAUAUUUAGUCCUUCCAUCCACCAGAUGCUGCUAUUGUGCAGUUUAGUAACUGACAAACUAAAGUGUGGGGGGUUAAAAAGCUCAAAAGGACUAUCUAAUCAGCAUGGAGCUGUGUGAAUCACAGCAAAGAGGGGUCUGCCAGAAAAGGGAAAGAUUCAGUGUUGUUGGAAUGGCAAAUAGUCUAACAAAUGUUCUGGAGAACUGGAAAUGUCUGGAGGAAGAGUAUCAACAACUUCAGGAGACCCACAGACUGUACUUACAGAAACUGGAUGAAAUUUCCAAACUACAAAAAAGCUGCUCUUCUUCCAUUUCAAAUCAACGCAAAAAACUGAAGGAUUUGUCCCACCUUGCAAAAAAAUGCAGCACAGGACCACAACACGAGGAUGCUACGACCCUGGAGGAGAUAAAAGAGAAAAUAAAGACACGCCCAAACACUUUCUUUGAAAUGGAAGCUUUCCUUCCCAAGAAAAAUGGGUUGUACCUCAGCCUUGUUCUUGGAAAUGUGAACGUCACUCUUCUCAGCAAGCAGGCAAAAUUUGCCUACAAAGAUGAGUACGAGAGGUUCAAGCUGUACCUCACUGUGCUCCUGCUGCUGUUCUCCUUCAUGUGCUACUUCUUUGUGAGCUACAGAUUUAUUGAUGCACUCCUGAAUUUCCUGUUGGUGUGGUACUACUGUACAUUGACUAUCAGGGAAAGUAUCCUCAUCACCAACGGCUCCAGAAUCAAAGGCUGGUGGGUUUUUCAUCACUACAUCUCUGCUGUUUUGUCCGGUGUCAUGCUUACAUGGCCAGAUGGAGGCCUGUACAAGGUAUUCAGGAACCAGUUCCUUGCCUACUCCUUGUACCAAAGUUUUGUUCAGUGUCUGCAGUGCUAUUACCAGAGUGGGUGUCUGUAUAGAUUACGAACUCUGGGAGAGAGACACAACAUGGAUUUGACCGUGGAGGGAUUUCAGUCAUGGAUGUGGAAAGGGCUGACGUUUCUGUUACCCUUCCUCUUUUUGGCCAUUUCUGGCAGCUCUUCAACAGCCUCUCUCUGUUCAGAAUGGCUCAGCUCCCUGAUUGUAAGGAAUGGCAGGUCCUGAUGUGUGGUCUCUGCUUCCUUGUUCUGUUCAUGGGAAACUUCUUCACCACUGUCGCUGUGGUCCGUCAGAAGAAGAAGAGCAGGAAUCAGAAAGCAAAGAGUCUGUAACACAAAACUAAUAAAGAAAGCAACCUGUGUAACCAAUGUUGUCUCUCAUGCCCCUGUCCUAAUAAAAGUUUAUAUGAUCAUUA